UUCAAACAAUCAAAAAUGAUGGCAGGAGGAGACAAAACUUCUGAGCAGCUUGAAAUGGUCAAUACUAUAGGCUUUAAUGGUCGUGUGCCUAAUGGCCUCCAUGUACAUCCAGGAGGAGAACACAUCAUCUAUCCACUGGGCAGUACAGUCAUUAUACAAGACCUUGCUUCUAAAAAGCAGCAAUUCCUCGCCGGUCACUCUAACUACAUAUCCUGUUUGGCUUGUUCACCCUCUGGACAGUAUUUGGCAUCUGGCCAGGUGACCCACAUGGGUUUCAAAGCUGACGCUAUUGUCUGGCGUUUCAAUGACGACGACGAAAGGAUCUACUGUCGACUCACCCUCCAUCGGGUUAAAGUGCAGGCGAUAGCUUUUUCACCGUCAGAUAAAUACCUGGCGACCCUAGGAGGGACUGACGAUAACAGUCUUGUUAUUUGGGAUCUUGAGAAGAAGUGUGCACUCUGUGGACACGAAGCCGCCAUGCAAAGCGCCGGAGAUGUCUACACGAUUGCUUUUAGUAAGAAAUCCGAUAGCAUUCUAGCCACAGGAGGAGACCUCACGUUACGAGUAUGGGAGGUAUGCGUGACAGAGAAGACUCGUAAAGUUGUACCAACAGAUUGUAACCUUGGCCAGCUCAAACGUAUCAUUAAUAGUAUUGAGAUGUGUGACGAUGGGUCAAGUAUGUUAUGUGGAACAAGUACAGGUGACACUCUUUUGGUUAAUGUGAACACGUGUCUAUUGAAAGAAUAUGGACCACAGAAAGAAAAGUACAGCCUGGGUGUAUCUGUAUUGAAAGUACUACCGUCUGGGGAUUUCCUUAUUGGAACUGGUAAUGGAACUGUUGCUGCUUUGAGGGGAAAGACUUACAAAUGCUUCAAGUCUGCAACAGUCGAAGGAUCCAUCACUUCCAUAGCAGUGAGAGGCAGCGGUCAUCAGUUCCUCGUUGGAACGUCUGUUUCCCAAAUCUACUUGUUCCAGUUUAAUGAUUUCACAUAUGAGCUCCUCAGAUCCUGUCAUGCAGACCUCAUCACUGAUAUAUGCUUUCCAAGAGAAUCUUCAGAGUUGUUUGCGACCAGUAGUCACAAUGAUGUUAGGGUAUGGCAUUCCAACACUAGCAAAGAGCUCCUCCGCAUUCAAAUACCAAACCUCCUCUGCAAUGCUUUGGAGAUCACUCCUGAUGGAAAGGGAAUCAUAACAGGUUGGGAUGAUGGAAAAAUAAGAGUGUUUUUGCCCGAGAGUGGCAAACCAGCCUAUACAAUUCACAAUGCACACAGCAAGGGUGUAACAGCGUUGUCGGUCACUUCAAACAGUAAGUCAAUUAUAAGUGGAGGAGGAGAGGGCCAGGUUAGAAUAUGGGAUAUAUUUUCAGCCAACAAUCAGAAAAUGAAGAUUGCACUUAAAGAACACAAAGGAGCUAUUUCUUGCAUCAAAAUCAGAAGAGAUGAUUUGGAAUGUGUGACAGCAUCUACAGACGGAACAUGCAUCAUCUGGGACCUAGUUAAGAAUACAAGAGCUCAAGUGUUAUUUGCUAAUACACUAUUCAAAGCAAUUUGUUACGAUCUUCAAGAAUGCCAAGUCAUAACUGGAGGGACAGAUCGUAAAAUUGGUUACUGGGAGACUUACGAUGGGUCACAGAUAAGAGAGCUGGAGGGAUCUCAGACUGGGAGCAUCAAUGGAAUGGAUAUGUGCCAGAACCUCUUUGUGACUGGGAGCAGCGACAAGCUCAUUAAAUUGUGGAAGUAUAACGAAGGAGAAGUCACGCACAUAGGCAUUGGUCAUAGCGGAGAGAUUAAUCGCGUCAAAGUGUCUCCAGAUGGCCGCCACAUUGUCAGUGUAAGUGCUGAUGGUGCAAUAAUCCGAUGGAGGAUGCCUGUGCAUCUACUGGAGAAUGAAGAGGAAGGAGCAGAAGGAAAGGUAACAGGAUCAACUGAACCGAACGAGAAGCCAAUAACAGACGAAGAAGAAGAGAAAGAAGAAGAGGAGAGAGAAGAAGAGGGAGACGGAGAAACUGUCAUCAAGCAAGAAGAGGAGGAAGAGGAAAAAGAGGGAGAAAGAGAAGAAGGAACACCUGCUCCUAAUGUAGAGACUGAAUGAGCUACAUUAUCAUACACUUACACACAGACACUAACACACACUAUCAUCAAUAGGAGGUACAUUAAAAUUACAUUAACAAUAAGAUGCAUUAGUGUCUAUUGUA